CCAUUUUGAAAGUAAAAAUACUGUGCGGUCGAGGAUUUUCGUCGGGACGGGUAGAAAAGGCGCCGAGGUAAAAAAGCCGUGGGACACGCCGCGUAUGAGUCGGGGCCUCUACUGGCGAGUGGCCGCGCGUAAAAUGACGUAGAGCGUCGCGUCGGACGUCAGCGCGCGCGCUGCCGACGUGUGUGGUGAGCGGAAACGGUGCGCGGUGUGUAUACCGUCGCGGCGCAGCGUCGUAGCGAUCGGCGGUAGCGUACGGGAAAUUGGCCGCGGUGGCUUCGCCAAUGGAUGCCAGGCAGCACGGGACGCCAUUUUGAUAUACGGGCGCACGUCAAGCGCUUCGGCUCUCGCAAGUGAAACGCGCUCCGCGAGUCGCUCUCCGCCGGCCUGCGUAGGACACGCGCGGAGCCGAAUUCGGGCGUUACGCGAGAGAGCUAGCCGGGCAUCGCGGGCGGACCGAUGCGUGGUGCGUGGCGCAACGGAUCCCGUGAGUUUCGUUGACAAGUGACAGGUGAAUCGAUCGGGGCCUACGAGAGAGAAAGAAGGAGAGAACGAGAGAGAGAGAAAGAGCGAGAGAGGAAGGCUCCUCGCUGUUCGUCGCGUUUGUUGCGUACCGAAAGCGGAGCGGAGCGGAGCGGAGCGGAGCAGUACUGUGUCGUGCUGUGGCGUGCCGUACCGUGGCGUACUGUGCCGUACUGUACCGUGUCGUCUCGCGCCCCCCGCGUAAGUACGCGAGUACGACUAUCGCGAGCACGACCAUCUCGGCGGUGCGCUCGGAUUUUUUCUCGCACGCGGCGCGAGGGGACCUCGCUCGGACGCCCGUGAGAGCGUUAUACGCCGUUACGCGGCGAGCAGGCGAUCCGGGGGCGGCGGUACGGCAGGAAAAAGCCGCCGCCGCCGUCGUCGUCUCGUUUCGCGCGCGCGAGCGAGAGAGCGAGUGAGCGAGUGAGAGAGGAGAGGCGGAGAAAGAGCGUACGGAAGAAAGAAGGGAGGGAGACGGGGAGAGAGAGAGAGACAGAGUGAGAGAGAGACGGAAUACGCCAACGAAGAGGCCACCGGCCGACUUCGGUGCACGGGACAAGACGACCCGAUGUCGGGAGCGGGUCGCGACCCCGUGUCGACCCGCGGUCGUCCUCGUCCUCGAGUAAGAGCAACGACGACGACGACGACGACAGCAACAGCUGCAGCGGCAGCAGUAGCGGCAGGACGCUCCUCGCGUAAAUGUGCCCCCGUGCGCGCCCAUGUGCUGCACCUCCUUCUACUUCUCUGCCCGCUGCCCCUGCGUGCCCUGUAAACCCGGAGCACAUCAUCCCGAUUAGCACGCCCGCGCGCACUUGUACCCGCGAACAUGGCCAAGAUCCUCAACAAGGACCCCGUCACGUACGAGAAGGAGAGGGAGAACUUCCUAAAGGACCUCCGACACUUCCACGAGACUCGAGGGACGCUCUUCAAGAAGACUCCGAAGAUCAACGGGAAAGACAUAGAUCUAUAUUUGCUGUACGUUGUGGUAACUGCUCAUGGAGGAUGGAUUAAGGUCAAUACUAGAAAUGAAUGGGCAUCGUUGUGCGAACAAUUUCACUUGCCCGGCGGUUGCAUCAACAGCGGGGUCGGCCUUAAACAAAUUUACCUACGGUAUCUGGAUAGGUACGAAAAGGUCCACUUCCUAGGCGAGGAUGGUCAACAGGCUGACGACGAUGACGAGGAUUCCAGACACCGGAAGUGGUCAGCCAGAGCACUGCACUCUGUUCCUCUAACUUAUAAUCAUCAUCAGCACAACAUCGCAGAAUCUCUGCGAGACUACAACGGACUCUCGGCGGAUCUUUACAAGCCCUCGAAUUACGACAAGCUCGCGCUGUCGCUUCUGUCGCCGUUGCCAAACGAGCAAGACUUUGCCAUCAACGUUUGCACCCUUUUGUCGAACGAGGGCAAGCACACCCUACGGCUGGACAAGUAUCCCCGACUAGUGAACAUUCUCCUCGCACACGCCGGUGUCUUCGACUCGCCCGGUACCCGGCAACUCUUCAUCGAGGUGUACUCGCGCGUCCGCAAUUACUCGAUCAACUCCUUCUGGUCGGAUGUGCUCGAUUCCCAAGAUGUGAUAGACCUCACGAACGAAAGGACCUUUAUGCAGAAGCCACCCACCAGUCUGCCGACGUUCUCCAGACGGAAGACUUUAGAGAAGGAGAAGGAGGGCAAGCAACAGGAUGUCGGUGCGUCGACGACAGAAAACGAGGAGCCGCCGCCACUGAUUGAUAUCGAUGGGAUACUUCCGGAUUGCCCACGGUUGGAUCUUCUUGCGUCGGACGAAAGUCUGAGAGAUCAAAACCAAAAUUCCAUCAAAUUCGAAGAGGAGGAUAAGGAUCUGUUCUGCGUUGGUAGGACGUUAGGUACGCAAGAUCCGUACGGUCAGCGUGUGCUGCAGAUCGCAUCGAUCCUGCGGAAUCUCAGCUUCACGCCGGAGAACGCAGUGAUAUUAGGCAGGAAUCGGUGUUUCCUGCGAUUUGUCCUAUUAUGCGUGAGAGCGAGAUGGAGCAAUUUACAUCAGCUCGGCUUCGAUAUACUAGGGAACAUAGCGAACGAAAUUAUUCUAAAGGAGGCCGGGGAGAGGAUAACGGAUGUCGUUCUGUCGUGCGUGGCCAUGGGAAUCGAGUCUCAGGACAGGUUUAUCGUUAUAUCUUGCCUGGAGGUGCUUAACAAGAUUAGCCAGCAGGACAUCAACGAAGAGAUCGUCACAUUUGGUUUGGCAGACAACGUGUAUGAACUUAUAUGCAGAUUUUUAGCCCUGAGCGAUAUAGCCCUCUUAGUGUAUACACUAGAAUGUUUAUACGCUUUAACAUCGCUGGGUGAGAGACCGUGCACAAGUGUCGCGCGAGUUCGCGGUGCCAUUGACACUCUGGUCGCUCUCGUCACCGUGGAGGCGCAAAGUUACGGCCCAAAGGCUUGUAUUCUCAUGCGAGUAGUCGAGACAGUAUCCACAGUGGCGGCGCAACAAAACAAUGCUGUGCAGGGCUCCGUCCCCGCUACCCCCACCACGCCAGCCUCAACGACUACGUCCGCAUCUACUCCGUCUACUCCAGCGACGGUCACCGCAACCGUCACCGCGGCACCUGCCAGUCCGGCAUCAUCUCGACCUACAACUCCCGCCGCGACCUCAACCAAGUCGACAACGCACAAAGCAGUGGAGGCGUCUAAUGCGAUUCAACAGCAAAAUGCGCAUCAGCAAAUCAUUCAGGAGAACGAGCAGUUUGCUUUAAACUGGGUAAGAGCGACUUUCGAGCUCGCACCCGGUAUACGCAUCGAGCAGGAGGAGUUGUACAAAAAGUAUCUCGGCUGCUGUACGAAAAUCGGCAGACGAGGGGUAAUAGCCCCGUUGCAUUUUCCCAGAUGCGUCAGAUCCGUUUUCGGCAGUAUCGUGGGGCCGAAUCCGUUGAAGGGCGAGAAUACCGGUACUCAGUAUUAUGAAGGCAUCCGUGUACGAGCGACACCCGCACCGAUCACUUAUCCGAGCCAAACUACCGCUGCGGUCGCGACUAAUACACCGAUUCCAGCGGUCAACACAACUCCAGUAAAGGUGCUUCCUGUUCAACAGCGUACAGUCAAGAAUAUAAGUCCCGCACCCGAUAGCACGGCCGCUCCCCAGGUCGAUAGUCCCGCCGCGUCGUCCGGGACGCAAACGACCUCCACUACCCCCGCGUCUCCUAUCCUUAAGGCCCAAUUGUCCGCACCGCCGAAACCCCCGUCCAACAACACCUCGAGCCAGUCCCAAAAUCCAGUGACCAAGGUCGAUUCUAAAAGUCAGGUAUCAGUAUCGCAUCCGCAUCUGAGCCAAGCGUUGCUAGCGAGCGGUUCCCAAACACCGCAACAGCAGCAACAGCCGCAACCACAGCAACAGUCACAAAGUGUCCAGGUAGUUGUUAAGGAAGAUAAUCGAAGUGGCACUACGUCGAGUUCCAUAAUAAAGAGCCUAUUGGCUACUAAGGUAACAGUCAGCAGCGACUGCAUGCCCAGUGCUGUUGCGACUUGUGUGUCUACUCCUACUGCCUGCGUAACAAAUACUACCGCUAGCAUCGCAUCCAGCAUCAGUGCCAACCAGCUAAUAACCAGCAACCAGGUUGCCCAACGUCAGCAACAACAAAGGUUACUGCAACAACAGAUGACGGGCGUAAUGCAACCCGCCGCACCCACAGCCACUCCAGCCACGAUACUCCCAAAGACUCCUGUGAACGCUAAGCAGAAAUCGGCACUCGCACCUAUUCCUGCCAAAAAGAUACAAAGGCUCAACGGGGCCAAGUUUGUUAUGACUAACAACUGCGAGAAGACUGAAGUAAACGAUAACGACAACGCCAAUCAAAUCGUUACAUCUACCACCACCACAGUGAUGGUAAACUCGACUGAAAAUCACAUAUCCUCUUCACCGGCGAAGGUUUGUCGCCCGCCCUUGACAACCACCGUCGCCACCGCUACGCCAAACAAGAUUAAUCAACGCACGACAUAUACUUCCAUUGCUGAGGAUUCGGAUUCUACCAACAACUCGCUGGCGUCGAGUAGCGGCAUCGGCGGCAGCAGGGAUUGUUCCGGCGUCGGCGUCGAGGAGGAGAACAUGUUGACGAGUUUCGAAGGUAUCCUACUUAACGGUGCGCCGGCAAGUAACAAUAAUAUGGAUAUCGACGCGCAGGAGGACGGCUCGUCCAAGGAUUCGUCGAGCGUGAGUUCGAAAGAUAAACCGUUACAGAGUAUGAUGCUAGUUGAUCUGCUAGAGAGAAAAGUCGAUAAGGAGCCGAUACUGAAUGGUGUUCUCGGCAAGAAUUCCAUUAACGAGAAGGAAAUGGAUCUAGUGGAAAAUCACAUUAAGAAAGUAUUAAAGGAAUCUCCUACCGAGUUGAAACUCAAGGCCGAGAUGGAAGGCGGCAACGUCAUACAGAAUGAGGCAUCCGAGGAUACCCUGAUCGAGGCGCCGCGAGGAAUCAAACGAUCAGCCAGUGAAUCAGAUGAAUUAGAUAUCAAGAAGCCGAAAUAUUCCAAUGGCACGAUGUCGCCCGAUCCAGCAGUCGAUUCGACUACAGCGGAAUCCACAGUAUCGAGUAUAAAAUCGGAGGAACAGGACGACGAUAAAGACAGUGAAAAAGCAACAGUUUCCUCCACCGCAGCAAAUCUCUAUGCAGCCUUGGCCGCGGAUUGCAUAGAAGAUGAGACAGAUCUAGAGGAACAAGUAAAUGUUAACAAGGACACGAUAAAGGAAGCAACGGCAUCGACGAUAGCAGCUCCUCUUCCACCUCCUCCUCUACAUGUCAAGACAGAACCGACGCCGACUAUUCUUGUUAAGGAAGAUCCACCGACUCUACACAUCAAGGAAGAGCCUCACAUAUUCAUCAAUCAAAUUACUCAGGCGCCGCAGCCACAACCACCGCUGCCACAUCAACAGCAGCAACAACUCAUAGUGGCGACGCCCAGGCAGAUAGUCGUACAACAAACGAUUCCGACAAAUAAUCAAGUUAUCAUUCCCACCGCAUCGAUGAAGGGAAGACCGCCCCCGACUCAACCUCAAGUGUUACUACAACAGAGCGCAGGUGGGCAGUUGCAAUAUGUAGUGUCCGGUGGUGUACCUGGUCAAAACUAUGUAUUGGCACAGCCGCAAACAGCUCUGGUGCAGGGACAGGCUCAAACCGUUCUCGUGGCGCAGACAACGCAGCAACAGGGAACUGGUACCAAGACGAUCAUCAUAUUGCAACCACAAGCCGCCGCGCAGCCGACCCCACAGAAGAUGGUAGCGGUAACGCCGCAAGGGCAGCAAGUGGUUGUGACGCAAGUGCCACGGCCAAUUUUACAGAGCCCGGCGCUCGGCAACAUUCCACCGCCUCUUGUACCGACGUCCGCUACUAUCCCGCAAGCCUCCAUUAUAGUCAAUAGUUCGGUGGCGCAGGCCAAUCCGAAUACCGUGACUGUUACAAUCCCGGCGAUGGCACAACAAACUCCGGUCUCUACCAGCGUGCCGUCCAGGGUGGUGACUCCCACUCCGGCGUCCACGCCGCCGCCCACGAGACCUACGACACCGCACCAGGCGGCUGCCACGCACGGCGUGUCCGCUGUUAAACCACCAUCCACCACGAAAGUCGUGAAGACAGUGAGUUCGUCGACCUCUACCGAGCCAGAGUCAAAACCUUCCACGAGCCAACAGCAGCAGCAACAACAACCGACGCCGCAAUCGUCACCACAGGAGAGUAAAACUAUCACGAUCAAAAUCGACCCCAACGCUUAUCUGUGCGAAUGGCGAGGCUGUCUUAGACAAUUUAAAACACCGCACGAAGUCUAUCUUCAUGUUUGUGAGGCUCACUGUCCGACCGGUGGCGAGGAGAUAUUGUGUCUGUGGGCGAGUUGCGACGCUCUUAAGAGACGCAGAUUUUCGUUAAUGACGCAUCUUUACGAUAGGCACUGUAACGCGGAUACAAUGUCGAUAAGGAGAAAACAGUUGACGGUGACGGGUAAAACCGAAGUCUCCACGUCCUUACCUUCGACUCCGCAUCAUCCCGGAUAUGCACCCAAUGCCGCAUUUCACGCUAUUAAACGGCACGCUCUGGAAUUCGUUAAUCCUAAGGAGCUAAUGCAGCAGAGGCCGACCAAGCCCGCUGCAGCCACCUCAUCAAGCUCUUCUUCCCCCAGACCUGGGCAAAAUUCUCCACCGGAACAGGAUGACAACGAAGGUCCAGUGACCAAAAGUAUUCGCCUAACGGCAGCUCUCAUUCUUAGGAACCUAGUCAUAUACUCAACACAUGGUAGAAGGCACCUUAGAGCGUACGAGCCCCAUUUGGCAGGCGUGGCAUUGAGCAACGUCGAAUCAUCGAGAACGAUCGCACAAGUCCUAUAUGACAUGAAUGACCAGAGUAGCAGUAGCCAUAAUAGGUGACCUCUUGAAUCAGGCCUCUAAGAGCUCUUUUAAUCUCAUGAGCAGCGAUCAACUUACAUUAUUUCGAAUUAUGCGGUACGGGGGAAACGAACAUAUAAGUUUAUAAUCGUGUUUGCUGUGCUGACACGUGCACAUGAAUGUGUACGUACGUGCGUGUGUAGUACGUGCCCAUAAGAUUUGAAAAAUUGGGACUAGAGGAGAUGGUAUCGAGGAUAAAUGUUCCAUAUAUAGAAAAAAGAGGCCUAUAAACUUACUAGGCAAAAUACUUUGCCAAUUUUAGAUUAUAACAUGAACUGUACUAGUGAAACACAAAACAAAGACAUUUAGUUAAAAUCAAUGCGGAAAAGUGAUAUGUGUUUGCGAGAGAGGGAGAGAAAGAAAAUACGAAAAAAGCGAGCAAAUAAGUAAAGAGAUAGCAUGUAUGUGUAUGUAUUGUGUGUGCGCGCGUAUGUUGUGUGUGAAAGAGAUGAUAUAUUUCACAGAUUUAAUAUUAAUAUUUAUUUUCUCAACAAGAAAUAUGGAAAAAGUGUUUUUAGUGAACAUGUACAAAAAAUAACGAAGAAGAUACUUUAUGAACGUUAUA